CUCCUGGCUUGUCCGCAGUGUGAUAUCUAGUGUUUCUUUUCUGAACGCUUGGAAGGGAAACUUUCUCUUUUUCGACGGCCCAUCGUGGACGAAAUUAACAAUAAUUUGUGCAUUUCGCACAGUUUUACCAGUUUAAGUUUUAAGUUUUACCAGAAAGCCAUUUUAAAAACGUUUUUUUGGCUCCUCUGCUUGUGUUGUGAUUCGUAAUUCCGGGCUUUUUAAGUCAGGAACGGCUCCAUUCCCUUCCCCAGGGAAUACAGAAUAACAUUUCUUUUUUUUUAAAACAAUCAGCGUACUCCUUUCAAAGUGCCAUCCAACAUAUUCAUCUAGGAAAGUUUCAUGUUCGAAAUCAAAAAUGACAGGCGAUUCAAUUGAAAAACUGUACAAAUAUUACGGAAUCCUCGCAGACGCCGGUGACAACAUUGUAAAGCAUGAGGACUUGUACUCGGAAAUAAUUCAAGCUGCUAAAGGGGACCAGAGUGAAAGGCGUUUAGCAUGCCAGUUCAUUCCUAGAUUCUUCAUACACUUCCCUAAUCUUGGAGAGACUGCCCUUAAUAGUUUAUUCGAUUUGUGCGAGGAUCCAGAAAUAUCUAUAAGAAAACAAGUCAUUAAGGAGCUUCCACACAUAUGCAAGCAAUGUACAAUGUUCACAAAAAAAACCUCCUAUAUAUUGUCACAACUUCUGCAAUCAAAGGACCUAGCAGAACUCUCUAUUGUAUCUAGAUCUCUCCUGUCAUUGUUUCAAAUAUACCCUGAAGGUGCUGUUGCUGGUCUGUUUAACCAGAUUCGAAAUGGAGAAGACACAGUACGAGAUAAAUGCUUAAGUUUUCUUACAAAUAAAGUGAAGUCGUUGCCAAUAGCCAACCUACCUAAACUCGAAGAGGCAUUGAUUACUGAGACAAAAAGUACCUUCGAUGAGGCUAGUCCUGAGGAAAUACCAAUAUUUAUGGAUAUACUGUUCUGGACCAAGCUAGGCAAGGAUGUAACUGGACAUACAGUCAUUAUCAAUAUGAUAGCUGAGCAAAUAGAGUCCGAGACACCAUUUAAUGUGCAUGAUGAUGAUCUGCUUGAGAGGCUAGUUACUUUAUGCAAGUCUGUAAAGCCACUGUUCAAGCCUUUAACAUCUCCUGAUAGGUAUGUUACGUAUUUUUGUAAGGAAGUUCUACCUAACUUUAAAAGCAUAAGUGGAUAUGAUGAAUGUUCUGGUUACGCCUUAGAAUUGCUCCAGCUGUUUACUGAACUUACAGUUUACUGCAAUAAGUUGAACGAACCUGUGAUAGUAGUUGAAAGUAUUUUCAACCUAUUGAUUGAAGUUAUGCCAUAUUCUGAAAGUGGGCAAGAUAAUUUUGACGAUUUAAAAUUCCACUUUUCCUACAUUGAGUGUCUACUUUAUUCGCUGCAUAAAUUGUUCAAAUUACAUCCAUCUUUCUUGUCCGAUGAUGUUGAACUUUCCAAAUUCAGAUCCAGAUUGCAGUACUUCUCGCGAGCUCUUCAAGGGUACAUUAAGACACUGCACAACGCCAUAAAAAGUGAAUCUUUAGAUGCUCUGAAAAAGCCAGAGAACGCAAUAAAGACCUUGGCGUUAAAAACAACAUUGAAUAUUAAUGCUUUAAUCAAGGAUUUCUUUUAUAAUCCGCCUUCAAAUAAGGCCACCAUUCAGCUGUCAUGGCUUAUUCCCAAAGCCUGCCAGAAUGAAAAAGCUAUUGUGAGAUUAAAAAGAAUGUGCAAUAGUCUCGGUGUAGAGAUUCCAGCAAAACGGUCAAACACACUGAAGCCAUACCGCCCUAUACAGCGCCCACUUUACCAACCGCCAAAUGGGAAGUACAGUAAGACUUUCUGUAAUCCCAAACGUAACGGACCAUCAUUGUAAAUAUUAAAAACCCUCCUGUGUAAAUAUAACAUGUAUUUAUGUACGUUUUCCUGAUAAACCAGUUUUAUUCUUGGGCUUCGUAAUAACUUAUUAAAUCAAGUCUUAACCAAAUUCCAAGUCAAAUUUGUGUUUAAUUAACAAAAAUGAAUUGUUACUUUUUUCAAUAAUUUUAAUAAAACAAAUCUGUCACUAA